UUUUUCAACAAUUGCAUCAUGUAGCUUCUUUUACAUUUUUCAGAAAAUAAUAAUAAAUACAAAGAGCUCUAAAAAAGUAUAAAAUUUUAAAUAUUAAAAAAAAAAAGAUUCACUUUUUAUCUUUUUUUUCUAGUGGAGAAAGAAGAUAUUUGAAUGGAUUGUUGUAUCGUUAUUAUUCAAGCGUCAAAAUGCUACCUAAAUUGGAAUUAAUUGCCGCAGCGUGCGAAAAUAUGGGUAUUGGAAUAAAUGGUGAUUUACCCUGGCGUUUGAAGACUGAAAUGGCAUUCUUUACACACAUGACAAUUAAUACAAAGGAUAAAAAUAAAAAGAAUGUCGUACUUAUGGGCCGGCGUACCUGGGAUUGUAUCCCCGAAAAAUACCGACCUUUAAAGGAUCGCAUAAAUAUGGUGUUAACGUCACAAUCACUGGAUUAUGGAGAUAAAGCAAUAACAUGCAAAAGCAUACCACAUGCUAUUGAAGUGCUUACGGAAAUGCAAAAUCAAAUAGAAAGGGUGUGGGUAAUAGGAGGAAGUAACGUGUACAAGAGUGCCAUGGAAUCCCCUUAUUUUGGACGAUUGUAUUUGACACGUAUAAAGAAAGAAUUUAAAUGUGAUACAUUCUUUCCAUCUAUACCAAAUAACUUUGUAUUGAUAAAGGAUCCAACUGUACCACAAGACAUUCAAGAAGAAAAAGGAAUAAAAUUUGUAUUUGAAAUAUAUGAAAAAAGAUAAUUACCAGAAACCUCAAUAUUUUAGUUUGUGAAGCGACAGAAAGAGACACUGUUUUUAUAAAAUAUUUUCUUUGCUAUGUUUCUAUAGUAUAUAAUAAAAACAUGGGAUAUUGUGUAAAUACAUUAAUGGUAUUGUUAAUCAUUUAUAAUUAUAAUAUACACAAAUACAUAAUAUUAUUAAUC